CAUGAGUGCGUGGAGCGGAGUACGUUCACGUCUGUUUGCGAACCGUUCGGGAGUUUGUAGUGUUGACAGCUGGAGCGGUCUCCACAGAUCUCCAUAUAUUUUCCUUCUUUCACCAUCAAGCCGAACAUGAUAGAAAUUAUCCGAGAGGCGACGACGCGCCAGAUUAUCCCGUAAACAGUUCCAGGUUAUAAAUAACGAGACACAAACGGCGCGGCGGGGAUUUAAAUUUGGAUCGUAUCGAACGGCACAUAACCGGCCCCCGAGGGGUAGGACAAGAGGACUAUUUUAAAACGAUUGGGAGGCAGUUUUAUGUUGGUUUCGGCACGAUAAGUACCCGUGUCUGCGAUCGAUCGUCAACGAGGAUAUCUCUACGUAUAAUCCGUCUUCGUCGUAAUUACCGUUAAUAUGGGAAUAAUACUGUCCAGAUUUCAGAAAAAGAAGACAACCAUCGAAAUUUUGGAGAGUCUAGAGACACAAAUUAAAGACAUCCAACAAUAUGGACAGACUACAGAGCAAAAACAUAAAAAGAUAGUAGGAACUAUUAUCAUUUAUGGAGUUCUCCUAUAUAUUAUGAUAGCAUUCAUCUUUUACUUUUGUUAUUUCCCUGCAUCAUUAUAUGAUCAGAUAUUUUAUAUAACACCAUUACUAUUUUUCCCAAUUUUAGUACUUUUAACAAAGAAAAUGGUUUCAUGGUAUUAUAAUCGUAAAAUUACUCAUAACCGAGAAAAAUUGUCUAUAAUUAUGGCAGAGAAAAAGAAGAUAUUAAACGAAGUUACCGAAACGGAGACGUACAAGAAAGCUAAAGAAAUAUUAUUAAAAUUUGCACCAGACGAAUUAAACAUGUCACCUUUAACUCCAAAGCUUAUACCCCAUAGGAUGUCCGUACCAUCUGAGACACCUCGACGUCCUACGCCACAGGCUGUAGUAUCUCCUGUAUAUAGUGACUUAAGAAGAAGAAUUGUAAAUCAUCCACAAAAUACACAAAUGGGUGUACCUGCUUCUGGUCAAACCUCACCUACCAUUAGAUCGAUUAAUCAACCUUUAAACGCUUCUUUUCCGUCUAGAAAUAUUAAUCCUGCGACCAUAGCUUAUCGAUCACCAUUACCACGACCUAUAUUGCCACAACAAAGAACAGUUAUUGAUCGUUUGGUUGAUUAUUUAGUAGGUGAUGGUCCUUCAAAUCGUUAUGCUUUAAUUUGUCGGCAAUGUAAUUCUCACAAUGGAAUGGCUUUGAAAGAAGAGUUUGAAUAUUUCGCGUUUAGAUGUUCUUACUGUAAUUUCUGGAAUCCUGCAAGAAAACAAAAGUCUUCUGCUCCAAAAUUAGAUCGCAAUAAUCCUACAAUUAUAAAUUCGAAUAUGGAAUCCAAUUCUGAAGCUAAUUUACCUCAUAAUACACACGAAGAAACAAUAAAACCUACUGACAAUAAGCUGGAAACAGGUACACAUUCGGAUACAGAUUCAGAUAUUGAAGUAGUUGAAAGACCAGGCGACACAUCUGACGUUCCUGAAUCCGAAGCCAAGGAAUUAUUAGAUGAGAAUAAAUCUGAUAAAUCUGAUACAUCUGAUAAAUCUGAUAAAUCUGAUAAAAUACAAUCUGAUGAAAUUCAGUCGUAG